UGACCCACCACGGCUGCUGUAGUUGCAAGAAUAUGAAUGGUUUGACGUGGAGUGUGGUUAUUUCCGCAAAAUCUGGAUGGAGAAAUGGCAUGUUGUUAGCCUGCUAGCCGUAAUUUGAGCUAGAUUGAGACAGAUUAGAAUCGGUUCCCAGGUAGACUGGGUCGGUACUGGAGUGUUGACAACAGUCAUUCAUAGACUGAUCCCAUUUUUUCUUCCCCUCAUAAAACAGAGCAUCAUGAUUAAAGCUAUAUUAAUAUUCAACAACCAUGGGAAACCUCGGCUUUCUAAAUUCUACGAGCAUUACAACGAAGACACAGAACAACAAAUCAUCAGAGAAACAUUUCAUCUGGUGUCCAAAAGAGAUGAGAACGUCUGCAAUUUUCUAGAAGGUGGAAUGUUGAUCGGUGGAUCUGAGAACAGGCUCAUCUACAGACACUAUGCCACGCUCUACUUUGUAUUCUGCGUGGAUUCCUCUGAGAGCGAGCUUGGCAUCCUAGACCUAAUCCAGGUGUUUGUGGAAACACUGGACAAAUGCUUCGAGAAUGUCUGUGAACUUGACUUAAUUUUCCACGUGGACAAGGUCCACAAUAUCCUGGCUGAGAUGGUGAUGGGGGGAAUGGUGCUGGAGACCAACAUGAAUGAGAUCAUCAUACAGGUGGACGCCCAAAACAAAAUGGAGAAAUCGGAGGCUGGUAUUGCAGGAGCCCCUGCUCGCGCAGUGUCAGCCGUAAAGAACAUGAACCUCCCCGAAAUGCCCAGAAACAUCAACAUUGGAGACAUCAGCAUAAAAGUGCCAAACUUACCCUCCUUUAAAUAGCCGGCAAGACCCACCAUGCAGAAGUCGACCAAUGUUUACCAUGCAAUUUGUUUAACCAAAAUCCGAACAAAUACCAACUUUUCUCAAAGAGCAUGAAGGUACUGUGUGAAUUUUUUUGGCGUUAACUUUUUUUUCUUCUCUCCCUGGUUUUAAAUGACAUUGAUGUGGCUUUGUUCUGUUUGAGAAAAUGAAGUAUUUAUUUAUUCCAUUCCUCGACCCUCACUGUCGUGGCUGCUACAGUAUUGGAAAUUCAUACUUUAGUGGUUUGUUAAACAAACUUAACAGAAUAUUGUUAUAUACAGUAUAUGAUGCACAGGAGGUUGGAGGCAUCUUAAUUGGGAAGGACGGGCAUGUGGUAAUGGCUGUAGCGGAAUCUGUGGAAUGGUGUUCCAGCAAUUAUCAGCUGUCCUCCCCUCACCAGCCUCCACUGAUAUGACGAUAUAUGCUGAAAUUAUAUUUCUUUGUCUUACCUGUAUACACAAUGGUUUAAACAAAUGAUUUUGUCUUAUCAAAAAUGUUCCUCUUGAUUUAAUCAGUGCAUGUGUUUUUUGUUUUUUUGCAACUUAAUAAAGUAUUGAAUCAUU